CGGCAGCCUCGGAGUGACGUCCCUCAAAGUUCUCAUUUUGGUCCCCCACUUCCCCCUCCCUUUCGUCCCCCAGCUAAAGAGGGGUAGGGAGUGAUGCAAAUGUUUUAUUACCUUUGAGAGCUUCAUCCGAACUGUCAGGCCCGGAGGGAGAGAGGAAAGGAGAGAAAGAGCGGAGGAGCCGCGGAGAGGGUCAGUUUGGCCAGAGGACAGGACUUAGAAGACCGAAGCCUGGGAAGCCGCGAAGAAAAUGCCAGAGAGGAGAGUCAAAGGCUGAGAGUGAGAGGGAGAGAGGGCGCGGGGGUGGGGCGGGGGUCGCCAGGCCCGUUUGCAGAAGUGGACUGACGAGCGGCGCCGAAACCCAGCCGUCAGACUUUUCACACUUAGUCUUUUGUUUUUCUGUGCUUUUUCCUCCCCCUUUUUCUUUUCGAUAUUGCAACUCCAGUGCCCCGUGGCCCAUACGGCAAGGCGGGUGGAGGUGAGGAUCUGGCAGCCACGGGGAUCCGUGGCACUGCCCUUUCUGGCGCAGCAGCCCGGGCAGCGCGGGCGGAGGAAGCCCGCACAGAGGCUAGAUCUCCCGCGGGCUGGAUGCGCUUUCUUCCCGGGCACAGUGAGCGUCGAAUGCGAAUCAGCUACGCGGCCGAAAGAGCAGAGCAUCCCAGUAAGAUCAGAGGAGCGCCACGGGCUGCACAAGGCGUCCUUUGAACCUCCCCAAAGAAAGCAAGCCACCCCCACCCUCCAACUUCAAAGUGGAGAUUCGGCAACUAACUUUACUACAAACUCUCUGGAGCCAGCCUGGGUUUUGUUUUGCUUAUUUCCCGGGGGGCAGAAGAUGAGAAGUAGCGCACUUUGAACAGCUAGGAAAAGUGAGGAAGAGAAAAGAGCCAGGGAUCGAAUCUAGGACUCGCGGAACGAAAGGACUGCCUAGCCCGCCGGGACGCCUGCUCUUCUCGGCGAGCUGCCGCCUCCCGCGUGGAGGGUUUGGACAUCUCUGCUGCGCAGCUAGGGGAGCAACUCCCGGCGGCGGCAUUCUUGGUCCAGUUGGCAGCUCGCCUCCGGGCGCCCCGAGUGCCUCUCCGCUCGCGCCCUCGGCGCUUCCGGCUCCUCUGAGCCCCGCGGGGGGCACCAGCCAGCCCCUUCGCUGCAAGGCUACGGUCUCCGGCCUGGCCGUGGGAUGUUAGCGCUGGGGGCAAUGGAGGGCACCCGGCAGAGCGCAUUCCUGCUCAGCAGCCCUCCCCUGGCCGCCCUGCACAGCAUGGCCGAGAUGAAGACCCCGCUGUACCCUGCCGCCUAUCCCCCGCUGCCUGCCGGCCCCCCCUCCUCCUCAUCCUCGUCGUCGUCCUCCUCGUCGCCCUCCCCGCCUCUGGGCACCCACAACCCAGGCGGCCUGAAGCCCUCGGCCACGGGGGGGCUCUCAUCCCUCGGCAGCCCCCCGCAGCAGCUCUCGGCCGCCACCCCACACGGCAUCAACGACAUCCUGAGCCGGCCCUCCAUGCCUGUGGCCUCGGGGGCCGCCCUGCCCUCCGCCUCGCCCUCCGGUUCCUCCUCCUCGUCUUCCUCGUCCGGCUCUGCCUCCUCCGCCUCUGCCGCUGCCGCAGCUGCUGCCGCGGCCGCAGCCGCCGCUUCAUCCCCGGCGGGGCUGCUGGCCGGACUGCCCCGCUUUAGCAGCCUGAGCCCGCCGCCGCCGCCGCCCGGGCUCUACUUCAGCCCCAGCGCGGCGGCCGUGGCCGCGGUGGGCCGGUACCCCAAGCCGCUGGCUGAGCUGCCCGGCCGGACGCCCAUCUUCUGGCCCGGAGUGAUGCAGAGCCCGCCCUGGAGGGACGCACGCCUGGCCUGUACCCCUCAUCAAGGAUCCAUUUUGUUGGACAAAGACGGGAAGAGAAAACACACGAGACCCACUUUUUCCGGACAGCAGAUAUUCGCCCUGGAGAAGACUUUCGAACAAACAAAAUACUUGGCGGGGCCCGAGAGGGCUCGUUUGGCCUAUUCGUUGGGGAUGACGGAGAGUCAGGUCAAGGUCUGGUUCCAGAACCGCCGGACCAAGUGGAGGAAGAAGCACGCUGCCGAGAUGGCCACGGCCAAGAAGAAGCAGGACUCGGAGACCGAGCGCCUCAAGGGGGCCUCGGAGAACGAGGAAGAGGACGACGACUACAACAAGCCUCUGGAUCCCAACUCGGACGACGAGAAAAUCACGCAGCUGCUGAAGAAGCACAAGUCCGGCGGCGGCGGCGGCGGCGGCCUCCUACUGCACGCGUCCGAGCCGGAGAGCUCAUCCUGAACGCCGCCGCCCGCCGCACCUUCCCGGCUCCGGCCUCCACUUCUGGGGCCGCGAGGAGCGCGGGGACCGCGUGCACGCCGCGCCUGCCGGCUCCUCGGGGCCCGGAGGACCCGGCCCUGCCUGCGGGGACCCUUUGCUAUUUUUGAGAUGUACAUAUCUAUUUUUUUAACCUUGAAGUUGUGGGAGGGGAUGUGGGGGAGAGAGACUCCGGGGUUGAUAAGGCAAGGAAGACCACCAAAUGCACUGCGUAAAUGUCGCUACUGAAACCCGCAGCCGGGCCACGGUCCCAGCGCCGUCCCUAUCGGCGGGCAGCGGCCUCAGCGCCCGGGUCCCCCUCGCCCCCAGAUUUUGCCCCCUCGGGCGGCGGGGUAGGGGGCGCCGAGAGGUGCUGUGGGAGGGUUCACGCCCACCGCGCGGGGGACCUCGGAGCGAAGCGGGCGGGCGCUGCCACCGAUGGGAAGAGGGACGUUUCCCCCCCACACACUGCUGUGCAACUAAAGUAACCUGUUGAAGGCUCUUUGUAAAUAAAUCGUGAGUUACACUGACUAGAAGUUACUUUAUUGUGAAUAUUUAAAAUGUAAAAUGCUUUUUUGAAUUUCGUAUAAAAAGAUGGACCUUCUUCCUUCUCUUCCUCCCCUUUGAAGAGCGACUCAAGCCACACCUUCCCUUUUAUUUUGAACUUAAUUUGAGAAGCGUAGAAUAGAAUGUCCUCACCUUCUCCGUUCCCUCCUCUCGUUCCUCUUUCCCGUUUGGAUUUGCAGAAUCUCACCUGUCCCCUUCACCUCUUUUCGCCCUGCCCUGCCCUGCCGACCCCCGGAGCUGCACUGCGCUCCCGCCCCCCCGGACUUGAAGUGGAAGACGUGGGAACCAGGGAGGGCCUCUCACCUGCCUCCCUGUUCCUCUCUGAAAUUGCACAGUCGUUUGUUGCUAUUUAUUAGUGAUUUAAAGAAAAUAUGGGGGAGGGAGGGGCUACAAUAGCUUGUAUUUAACUCCUUUCUGAUAAAAAUGCGUGUUAAAGUAGGUGGUGGGAAUCGUUACAACCGCUCUGGGUCUGAAACAUAAAAAUUCAUUUAGUUGCUGUAAUUGAAUUUGAAGUGUUUUGUAUCAUAAGAAUACUAUAGAAUAUGUAAAUUGUUUUCUUUUUACAGCUAAUAAUGGUGAUAUAUUAGCAUCUUUAACCUUUAUUAAUUUAUAUAAGGAAUUCGGUUUGUAAAGAGAAGAAAACCCCCUUUGCAAGACCAGUUAAAUGUAAUGCACUUUCUGUUUCAAAGGAUAAAUCAAAUUAAAAAACAGUUUGAAGACGUCUGUUGCCUUGAAUGAAAGGGUACAGAUAAUCUGAUCUCAUCAGAGAUCUCAAAUAAUAAAAGUCAA